GAAAGUCAUCGACAAUGCUGGGGACAAGUCUAUGCAAGUGAAGUAUGACAUGUCCAUGAAGAACCAGAUGUAUGGGAAGAGUGGAGACUUCAUUAAGGGACGAGAGCUAUUCGCAAUGAUUUUGAUAAGCUUCAAAUCACCUGAUCACACUGAAGUCCUCUACAACUCUCAUCAUUUGUACGUGUUCAGCUAUUAUGGAGAUGACCAACUCGAGGCCUUCUACAACAAACGGCUUGACAUUAUAUACAACAUGAAGCAUGAUGACCGACCUUCUACAAACUCCCUGCGUGACACAUUGUUCCGGAAGAUUGAACAUUCAAAGCUUAUGCACUUCGAUAUCAGCCGAUAUCGCACCUUUGAUGAAGGGCAUCCUGAAAAGACCUAUGACUUCCUAUUAAAUAUGAUCAAAGGAUACAUUGCUAGAGGGAAGCAAGAAAGACUGUUGAAAGACAGGGAGCGUGCAGUCAAGAUGUCAUUGACCUCCAACAAGACCACUCCAGCAUUGGAAGAUGACGUGAGGACUGCUGCCCCCACCAAGACGAAGAAGGAAGACGCUGCAGCCGCCUCAUCUGCCGGUGAUCCUCCCAAAGGGAAGCCCAAAGCCAAGGCAAAAAGUGAAGCUGCUUCUGUCCUUCCUACACCUUCUCCGAAGUCCCAUGCCGACAAGAACAAGAAAGGACCUCUGGUGCGCUCCCUCCGUCUGCUUGCGCCCCCCAGCUCUUGCCUCCCUCGCAUGGCGCGGCUGGUGCGGAUUCUGCUUCUCUACUGGGCUUGCCAGGAGGGUGGGCAUCACUUCCCCGCCACGUCCGAACAAGUGGCUCCCAGCUCCAACACCUCCCUCUGUCCUUCGCAGCACGUGCCGCGCAUUGGGAGGAGGGCGCGGCGGAAGUUGACCAACGCCCUCAAUGUUGCCUGGUCCGGCAUCCGGAUGCCUUCAAGUUUGCCCGCCCGGCAGCGGCGACUUCGUCGACGCUGGGGCUACCGGGGGGUGCGAGUCGGGGAGGCUUUGCACCCGGGGCCCUCCCCUGGCACACCCUUGCACCCCGCCAUUGGUCGAGGCCGGUCCCCGAGCCCUCCUGAUGAUGAUCCACGCCCUCUUCGGCGUAGGGUGGCUCCACCACCUGAUGUGGUGCGGUGCUUUUGCCCAGUCCCUGGUUGCGGGCAUGCUGACGCCACUCGGGCCCGCGGGUGGGGCUCUCACGACGCAAUGCGGCAUCACCUUGACGAUCAUUGCGCCGGGACCUUGGCGGGUGCAGUGCCCAUGGAGUACUUGGACGCCCAUCGCCUGGACCUUUGCUCGGUGUGUGGGCUGUUGGUGGCGCGCCGGUUCAACGGUGUUCAUCCCAGAUGUCGCCCACGUGCCCGCCAGCAGUUACCUAACCAUAGGCCCGCCGGCCUGAUGGACGCGGGGCUGCCCUCCCUUGACAGCAUCAUGGAGCUGGAUGUCCCGACUCUCCGGCUUGAACUCCUCAUGCUGCCAAAAGCCGUUCUGGUGGCGCCAACCCGUGGCGGUGCCCGCCACCAUCAGCAAGCUGCCCUUGCCACGUUGCGCCGCUGUCAGCGAUGGCUGGCUGGUGAACGAAUGGACUUAUGGGAGGAACUUCGGGCUCGGCCCAUGGCCACUCGCUCAACCGCUGACAGUACCACUGCCACCCAGCACUCUCGAUGCUGUGCUCUGGCGGCUGAGGGGGAGUUAUCACGUGCCUGUGCGGCCUUGACUGAGCCCGCCCCGCUACCUCCUUCACAGGCCACCUUCGAGCAGCUGUCCGCCCAUCACCCUCAGAGCGCAAUGCCUGACGUCAGUCGGCUUGGCCCUGCCCGGCCAGCUGCGGUGCCAGAACUCUCGAGUGAAGCUGUCAUUGGUGCCUUGAAGACGUUCCCUCGAGCCUCUGCUCCUGGACCUUCCGGGCUCCGCGCCGACCACAUCAAGGAAACAUUGGCCACGGCCCACGGGGACGAGGUCACCGCCCACUUGGUUAGCCUAUGCCAACUGCUUGCCAAAGGGGAAGCUCCCACAGUUGUGGCGCCUUACUUGGGCGGGGCCCGGCUCCACGCCCUCCCUAAGAAAAACGGCGGCGUGCGGCCCAUCGCGGUCGGCGAAACCAUUCGGCGCCUGGUUGGCAAAGUCCUCUGUCACGCAACGCGGGCUGAUUCCAAUCAAUAUUUCUGGCCUUUGCAGGUUGGAGUCGGCGUCAAACUGGGGGGCGAGGCAGCCGUUCACACCGCUCGGCAAUGGGCCGAGCGCAACGCCGGGGUAGCAGACAAAGUGCUUCUCAAAGUGGACUUCCAGAAUGCAUUCAACAGUGUGGACCGCUUUGCUUUGCUUUCCGAAACCAGGGCGGCUUUCCCGGGGCUGGCCUGCUGGGUGGAUUGGUGCUAUAGCUCCGCCUCCGUCCUCAGAUUUGGCAAGCACACCAUUCCGUCAACCCGGGGCAUACAACAAGGUGACCCCCUUGGGCCCUUGUUGUUUUCUGCGGCCUUGCAGCCAGCGUUGCGGAAGACUGCACAGUGCCCCGUGGAGCUUUGUUUUUCGUACCUGGAUGAUGCAGUGCUCGCCGGCCGAGCCGACGCAGUGGCUGCUGCCUUCAGGGUCCUUCAACACGAAGCCGCAGUGGCCGGUCUGCAACUUGAACCUUCCAAGUGCGAGCUGGUGCCUUUGGCACCGCAGGCUGACCUCUCGGCUUUCCCGCCUUCGUUUCAAGUCCGGCGGCCUGGCGUGUUUGACCUCUUGGGCUCCCUGUCGGCGACUUUGAUCAUUGCAACACUUUCACUCAAACGGAGCGGGUGGAGAAGGCGGCCAAAUGCUUGGAAGCUGUGGCUGCGCUGCCGGACCCUCAGGUUGGGCUCCAACUUCUUCGCCAUUGCGUUUCCUUCACAAAAAUGGUGCACAGCAUGCGAACCACUCCUCCGGGGGCUCAUGCCUCUGCGCUGGCGGCCUUCGACCAACAACACCGUGGGUGCCUGGAACACUUGGGGUGUUUCCCUGUCUCAGACCGAACUUGGCACCAAGCUACUCUUGGUCUUAAGCAAGGCGGCCUCGGGUUGCGGCAGUGCACUGUCCAUGAGCCUCGAUGGUCGGUACACGCCUGAUUGGCCUUCUUCUGUGCAGGCGGCGGCCGCGUUUGAUGCUGCCGUCCUUGCUUCCGACCGCUUCCAUGGAGUUCACCAACCCCGGCAGCAAACCUUGUCGGCGGCCUUGGACAAGGCCCAGCUUGCUCAGCUUCAGGUGUCGGCCGAAGGAGAAUCCGAGCGGGCACGCCUUCAACUUCUUCAACAACCGGGCGCCGGGGCGUGGCUGCUGGCCCGGCCUUCGCAAGCCCUUGGGCUUCACCUGGAUGCUGCCUUUUUUCGCGUGCUUCUCCGCAUGCGGCUCCGUGUUCCCGUUGCAAGCUCUGAUGGCUAUUGCCCCUUGUGCGACGGGAUCGCGGACCGCUUCGGGGAUCAUGCUCGGGCGUGCCCUUGCGGCGGCGAUCGCACGAAGCGCCACAACCGCCUCCGGGCGGUCGUCGCUGCUCGGGCUAUGGCCGCUGGACUCAGCCCUGAGGUCGAGAAACAAGGCUUGUUGCCUCAACGGCCGGAGGAGCAUGGGGCUAGUGAAUCUGGCAGUCGCUGCAACCCGUCACAGCGACGGCCGGCUGAUGUUUACAUCCCUGCUUGGGGGGCCCAUGGGCCAGCAGCUUUUGAUCUCGCCGCCACGAGUGGCAUGCGAGGCUCAGUGCUUCCCGCCUCCGCUGCGUGUGGUCGGUCUGCUGCCACCAACUACGAAGGGAGAAAGCGAGCCCAUCAGAACACGGAGCAGCUCUGCCACGGCCAAGGCCUCCAGUUCGUGCCUCUUGUGGUUGAAGCUUGCUGUGGUGGGUGGGGCCCCACUGCUUCUGCCACUUGGAAAAAACUUGGGGCGUUGCAUGGAGCUUGCAUCGGGCUGUCGGCGUCCCAGGGCGUUGAGCAGCUGCUUCAAGCCUUGUCUGUGGCCUUGCAGCGAGAAAACGCAAGAGCCGUGCUCCGGCGCUUGCCCCCAGCAGACGACGCCUCCUGCUUCGCAGAAGGUUUUUCGCAGGCAAGUGGGGCGACAGCCCUUUUGCCACGGCAGUUGGGCACUUUGCAUUCCAAUCGCGUUGCCCUGCUGGCAUCGCUGACUUUGCCUGCUUGGUCGCCCAUUUUUCCUU